CUCACUCACCAUUUCUAGCGGAGCCUUUCGUGAUUGCUGCACGAAGCUCACAGUAAAACCAUGUUGAGAAAAACACACUCAAAAUAUACACCUAGGAAGUCACUCCAGCCUAAUAGCGAUGGCCUGCAACCUAAGAGCGAUGGCCUCCAACCUACUAGCAAUGACCUCCAACCUACUAGCACAGUGUUGAGAUUUCAGCUGCCGGACAUGGCUUUGGGCCCAUGUGGGUGAACUUGGAUGCCUUUGGCAUCGCAUUGUCCUUACUCACCUGGCUCCUCCUAAUCUUCACAGAUGCGGUGGUGGUGCGCUUUGUGCUGUUCGCCUGGUUCACAACAAGUCGGCCAAGAUUUCGCUGGGUGCCUUUGAGCGACUUGGGGCUCUUUCUGCUGGCCUUGUACCAGCUGCUCCUGAUGUUGUCUCUGGUCUCCCAUGUGCGUGCCGUCACCACUGAUCCGGGCACAAUGUCGCUCAGUUCGGCACCCGAAAGCCUCAGCAAUCCGCGGAAUUGCAAGCUCUGCCAGGGACGCUGGAAGCCACCUCGAGCGCAUCAUUGCAAGACGUGUCGAUGCUGCAUCUUCCGCAUGGACCAUCAUUGUCCUUGGAUCAACAACUGCGUUGGCCUUUCGAACCAAAAGCUCUUCAUUCUCUUCUUAGUCUACACCUGUGUCAGCGCAAUCUGGACGCUGCUGCUCUUGGCCGCAGGUGCCUUUUGUUGGCUCUACAGCCAAAAGUCCUGGUCCGAUGCGCCACCGCCGGGGAGUGCAUCGCUCAUAUGCUGUGGGCUUGUAGCAGUGGAGUGUUUUGCCGCAGUGCUCUUUGUCAGCGACUUCAUCCAGGAGCAGGUGGAGUCUAUCCAGAUGAACAGCACACUAGUGGAGACGUACCAACGCACGCACGGGCCGCGGACGUCAUUCUGGGAGCACUUCACGUCGAUCUUCGGCCCCUGCUGGUGGACCUGGCCUUUCCCUUUUCCGCCGGCCCUGGAGCCUGACUACCUGGAGCCGGCCCUACCUGAUGAGGCGGAGCUCUGGAGUCAGGACUGCGCAGAUGAUCACAACAGUCUGGGCAUUGCAGGUGAAGAGAGCGAAGAGAUGGCAGCAAAGGAGGAGACCCUUAGUGCGCGACCGAGGCACAUUCUGCGGAUUGGGCGCAAGGAAAUAGAUUGUUCUCCAAAAAACUUGAGCCUAUCUGUAGCCUGAAGUAGCCUUACACGAAGAUCCUCUAUUUUGCACAUCUAACUUUCUUCAUUCGGCGCUAUAUUUCUACAGUUUGUGUCGCAAGGCAAAGGCACACGGACAGCAAGCUUGACUGAGCUUGGAUCAACAGCAUCCGCCGCAUCCAAUUGUCAGAGCUUCAUGUCUUGCCCCCGAAGGCAGAUUCCAGUGUUCAUCACACGAAAAGGACGAAAAGGUUCGAAAUCCGAUGAACAAAAGCAGGAGCUCUUGGUUUGUGCCCUUACCGGCACUUGAGAAACGGAUGUGCCACGGCUGCCAAAAUUGGUGAACGACCUGAAGUCAGAUCUUGAUUGCUGCUGGUUGACUUGCUUCUUCGGGGAUCGCUCCGAAUGCUUGUGUGUGGGCUGAGAGUCAAGAUGCAUGUGAUCUUGCAAACACCAAAGAAACUUUGACACAUCAAAAGGAUCAUGCACGAACAUAUGUCACUGCUCUUGAGCCUCUUUUGGACAUAGGAAAAACUUGUCUGUGUACUUCGCUGCAGAUCCCAAGUACCCUUGAAAGGACCACCCACGAAGGGACAAUGGUCGCAGGCUCACAUGGCUUUGCUGUGCUGCUUUGCAUGUGAGCUCUUGAGAGGAGAAGCCACGGAGGGAUCAGAGCUCGAAAGUCCUUCUGGUCAAGUCCAGAGUUGGAAGUGAGUGAUGAAUUCCAAACCGACCAAAGUCAGGGGCAAGCGUGUGGUCAUACUACGAGGGAAAGCUGCUGGCUUGCUGAGGGAACAGUCAAGUAUUGACCCGGAUCGGCAAAGCCGAAGGUCAAGGGCACUACUGGAGGGUAUGAUGCCAAGAUUGGCAUCUCAUCCAAGAAGGUCCACUGCCUGAUGGGCAUGAGGGGUCUUUGGAUGAUCAUGAUGAUCGGAGUCCAAAAGAUUGCUCGUCGGACUCAGCUGGGAAAGAACGGAAGGCAUUUUUUGGAGGUUGUUUUGAGCCACACCUGAACCCGGACUCAGCGGCCUCGCCUCCAAACCUGUCAGCCUCUGACUCAGAUUCGUACUCUCGCGACCCAUGGGCCUUAACUGCUGCGCAAUGAUUUGAAGACGCUGGUGCCACUGAGGGCAUCCUUCUGAAGAAUUUCAUGAUGGCAACCAGGGACUUGAGGGACCAAGGUGGAGCCCAGGUGCGGUUGAACGAUGGAUACUUUGGCAUGUUCAAUCAUCCGAGACUGUGAUUUGGAGUGUGCUUUGGAAGGUCACUGGCAGACGUGCGUGCUUGGAGAACAUCACCAGCUUAUCACAACGCCGUCCCGCCUAAAUGAAUUUGAGGGGCAAGUUCAAGAUGAAACCAAAAGCUUGCCAAUGACCCUAGAGAAAACACACAACAAAGCGGUCCAAAGCAAAGGUGGUCCAGUGCCACCUGCAAAGCUGUCAGAGGAGCGUCAGGCUGCCGGAAGGAGAGUUUGACGUCAGAUCGAAGGUGUUGGAGAACUCCAAUGCCUUGUGAUGGAAUGCCAACCUGGCCAGCGAGGACCAGAAGCUUGUGGACCGGCUGGUGGCGAUGGGGCGUUGGCGGGGGAAGAGUUUUGGAGUUCGGAUUGACAACUUGGUGCUGGAAAAAGUUUGUAUUGGAGAAGGAAGUGCAACCACUUCGGCAGCUUGUGCUCAUUCCAGCCGAUGUAUCCAAGUGAUGGUCAAAUGGUCAAUCCUGGAAUCGUGGAGGUGGUCAAGGACGCCAAAAAUUUGGUCGAGGCUUGAGUAGGGUGAGGUUUUCACCCCACUACAGUCAGUCAUCCAUCCGCAAGGUCAUGAACGGUCCGCUGGUUCAGUUGGUUCAGUGGGGCAGUCUGGAAAUCGAACCACGAGUUGCAACCGUCAGAUCUUUUUUCAAGAUCCCAAAAGCGUGUUGGCCAAGAAGUCUGUUGGAAAGGACAGAACCCUGGUCACACCUGGCUACACAGAGACAGGACACAACAGCCAGUGAUGCAAUGUGCGCCUGGGAGCUGACGUUGGACGAGGGCAACAGCUUGCCAGGCAAAGAAUUGAAGUGGGGCAGUGGGGGGAUGAGAAAUUGUUGAAGGUCAGUCACGAGCAGUGCUGGGCAGCUGCGUCCUUCGAAUGGAAGAGCGCAAAAUCUGAAUCAGGUCAGGAUUUGGGAGUUUCUACAAGCCACAAAGGUGAGCUAUCGACAAGGUGGUGUACAAGAGCGUGCCAAUGCCGCUUUCGGGGAAAGUGAUGCCGCAACAUCGACUUUGUUAUUCAGUGCCAAGGGGACGUCAGAUUGCGGACGAUGUUGCGCUGCCUUGCGCAAGGCCAGCUAGAUUCCACAUUUAACUUGCACUUCUCUUUUGGUUCCCUGGCGUUGGAACAGCAGAAACUCGCUUCUUGCGCCCUGAGAUUUUGUCGCAAUGGCAACGGUGGAGUGGCAAAGGGGGAGUGCAGGAAGACACGUGUAC